GGGGCCAGGGGUCAAGGUCCAUAAACCGUAACACAACCCAAGCAUCGUACUUUGACACCGAUGCUACUUUGUUGACUCCACAACAUUACAAAUACGGUGAAUGCAGAUGCACUUAGAUCUGCUUAUUAAUCCAGCACUUUUAGGCCGCCAAGUAAGAGUCUGAUGCCCCUGGUCGCUGUUUGAUACCUCAGAGAGAACACUAUGGUUGACUAUGCAGUGGACGGCAAUAUUGCCGUUCUAUCCGUAAACAACCCGCCGGUUAACGCUCUGAGCCACAGAGUUCGGGAAGGCCUGCUGAACGGCAUUGAGAAAGCUGCUCGUGAUGACAAGGUCAAGGCUGUCAUCAUCAUUGGGAAGGGAAGGACGUUUCCUUCGGGUGCAGAUAUAACAGAGUUUGACAAGCCAGUCAGAGAACCAUGGCUGACGGUGGUAGGACGUGCUAUAGAAGCCAGCAGAAAACCAGUCAUCAGUGCUUUGCAUGGCGCUGCUCUCGGAGGAGGUCUUGAGAUAGCUCUUUUCUCUCAUUACAGAAUUGCCAGCAAAAAGGGCAGUGUGGGCUUCCCAGAAGUAGCUCUCGGCAUUUUGCCAGGUGCAGAAGGGACUGUGCGGCUACCUAGAGUAACGGGCCCUGCUGUUGCUAUGGAAAUGAUUUCAUCUGGCAGAAGAGUAGGAGCCCAGGAGGCUCUGAAGUUUGGCAUUCUGGACAAAGUUGUCGAAGGAGAUCUUCUAAAGGAAGCCAAACUUUUUGCUGAGAGUGUGAAGGACAAGCCACUGGAUGGACGGAGAUUGAAGUAUGUGAAACCGAAGGGAGCUGAAAGUGUGGAUGCUAUUUAUGAGGGUGCCCUUGCUGAAGUGAAAAAACGGUUCAAGGGAUUCAAUGCUCCAGUGAACUGCCUAAUGUCUGUAAAAGGAGCUGUGAAGCUCCCUUAUGAGGAAAGCUGUGCACUUGAGAGACAGCUCUUUACUGAACUCAUGUCUGGCGGUCAGUCCAGGGCACAGAGAUAUGCUUUCUUCGCAGAGAGAGCGGCCACAAAAUGGAGACUUCCUUGUGGCGCGAGUGCAGCCAACACAAAACCUUCAGAGAUUACAUCGACAGGUGUUAUUGGGGCCGGCACCAUGGGUUCUGGAAUUGCCAUUUGCCUCAUCCGCGUGGGCAUUCCUGUUGUGAUGGUGGAAAGGGAUGAAAAGAUGUUGCAAAAAGGCAUGAGAACAAUAUCAGAUAUUUUGGGAGAAAGCGUAAGAAGGAAAAGAAUGACUUCUGAAAGAAGAACUGAGUGUCUUCGACUCCUGAAAGGUGCUGCUAGUCUUGAAGGUCUCAAAGAUGUCGAUGUGGUUAUUGAAGCAGUUUUUGAGAAUCUAGCCCUGAAAAAAGAAAUCUUUGCUAAACUGGACAAGAUCUGCAAACCGUCGGCAAUACUAUGCUCAAACACUUCAACUCUAGACAUUGAUCAAAUUGCUUCAGCGACCAGCAGACCAGAUAAAGUGAUGGGCGCUCAUUUCUUCUCCCCGGCAUACAUCAUGAGGUUGCUGGAAAACAUCUAUGGUGCUAAAACGUCCCCACAGACUGUGGCUACUAUAAUGCAACUUGGGAAAACUAUUGGCAAAAUUCCUGUCCUGGUGAAAACAUGCCAUGGGUUUGUUGGGAACAGAAUGAACCAGAAAUUUUCAAGUGAGGCGUUCUUCAUGUUGGAAGAAGGCGCUCUGCCCCAAGAUAUUGACCAGGUUCUGGAAGAUUUUGGCAUGCCGAUGGGGCCUUUCAAAGUCGGGGAUCUCGCAGGCCUCGACAUCGGGUGGAACAUCCGCCAGGAAGUUGCAAAGAAACUCGGAGUGUCCCUGACCUUGGAAACAAAAUAUCUCAAUGCUGAGCGUUAUUCCUCAUUGGCUGACCGUUUGUAUGAAAUGGGCAGACAUGGAAGGAAAACUGGGAAAGGCUGGUAUAGGUAUGAGAAGCCCAUGGCUGUGAAAGCAUAUCCUGAUGCCGACGUGACAGAGAUGAUCAACAGUCACGCCAAAGCCAUUGGGCUGACGAGGAGAACUGUCUCAGCACAGGAAAUUAUUGAAAGAAGUACUUAUGCUGCCAUCAAUGAAGGUUUCAAAAUUCUGGAGCAGGGAGUAGCUGAGAAGCCAGAAGACAUCGACGUUAUUUGGUUGUACGGCUUUGGCUUUCCCCGGUACAGAGGAGGCCCGAUGUUCUACGCCAGUCAGGUCGGCCUGAGUAGAGUGUAUGAGCGCAUAUGCCACUACCACAAAACUUUGCCCUAUUCCAGCUACUGGGUACCCAGCGACUUGUUGAGGCGUCUAGCAUCCUACACCACACAGCUUCCCAUGGACCAGUGGACCAAAUUUACAGACUGCAAAUUGUAAACACCUGUCAAGGGAUAUUUAUUCCGGAUCAUGGAAACCACAUUCAACUGUGAUUGGAAACCACUUUCAACUUUUUUGGUCCUUUUUUACUUUAUUAUUCAGGGUCCAUGCAGGGUCAAAAAUUGUUUUUGUCUUUUGAGUUCUAUAUGGAUAAAAAUGUUAUAAUGUACAGCUAUGGGUAACAAGGUCUCAGUGCUUUAGCACUUCCUGGGUUCUUUCUCUCUCUCUCUCUGACACUCAAGUAAACACUCUAUCAUAAACAAGUUUUCCUUGAAUUUUCACAUGUGAUACCUUUAGUGUUCUUGUAAAAAUGUAAUUGUUCAUGUCUUACACCCCCUUGGACACAAGCUAGGUUUUUUAUCCUGCCUCUCAGUCUCAGUGCCAGCAUUGGCAGAGUGUGAUGGCUAAGAUACAUCUCAACACAACGUAAAGACAGAGAUAUCUUCAUAUAAGGCUAAGAUACAACAUCUCAACACAACAAAAAGACAGAGAUAUCUUCAUACAAGGCUUCCCCGCACUGAAUAGAAUUAGAACGCCUGUUUUUCUGCGUAAAACAGCAAAGGACAUGAUAGGCCUACAUGUGUAUAAUGUUACUUGAAAUUAAAAAUAUUGAAGAACCAGCAAUCGACUACCCCUGAGAUCAAGCGGGAGGGGGGGAGGGGAGCAAAGAAGGAUGGUCACAUAGCAUAUUUUGUUCUAUACUGUUGUGAACAAAAUAAGUCUAGGGGUGGUAGCAUAAACUAUACCUUUUUUUACUGCAAUGGUUCACGUCAUGGCAGUCCUUUUUUUCUUUACUGUCUCUUUCCUUGAAACUUUAGCACAAAAUACAACACCUGUAACUCUCUCUCUUUCCAUGGGCAAAACUUAGUAGCCCUUGGAAUGAUUCCUGUGAAAAUUCUUGGGGACCAGAGGAACACAGUACAGUAUGCUUAAGCUGGAUAAGUUGGGAGUCAGUAUGGUCAAAUCGGCAUCGGUUUCAAAACAAAAAACAAAA